GUUGACAUGCCGUCGACCUUUCACAUCCGACACGUGUGAUAUUUCUGUACUACAAGUGUUUCAAUGGAUUGUAUUCCUGUAGUUUUGCUCGUUAUUUUGGGCCACUAUGGGGUUAUAUGUAACCCCCAGGAUAACAAGCGGUUUCUCUUUGACCAGACGGCAGGACUCACCACACCAGAUCCCGCCUACCUGGCAGCAGAGGUGAAGUACAUGCGUGACCAACUGCACGGACUGAGUGACAAAAACAUGGAGCUGACCGUACAAAACUCGAUAUUGUCAUCUCAAGUACAGCAGCAAAACACAGUCAUCAACUCCCUGAAAAUUAAUGCAACAAACUUGGAAAACUCACAUAGCCUGGAAAAAUCUGCCUUGAAUGACAAGAUCAAUGAACUGGAGACUAAACUGAAUGAGUCCAAUAUCUCAGUCAUUCAAAUGAUGUCGAAUAUAAGCAGCUGCAUCUCGCUUAGAAAUCAACUUGAAAAUGCAUUAAACGCAUCACACAGCAAGGUUGAUCUCUUGGAGAAGAAGCUGAACAAUUCUAUGGAUAUCUACAAUUCUUCUGUGCAUACUGCACUUGAGCAAUGUAAAAAGAACGAGUCUUCACUUGUGCAGCAGCUGCAGAAUACCAGUACCAUACAACAGGACUGUUCUCAUCAAAACACCGUGUUGACUCACCAAAACACCGUGUUAACUCACCAAAACACCGUGUUCACUGCAGAAGUAAAUCACUUGCAGACUCAGUUGAAUGAGUCAACUUCCCUCAUCCAAACAUUGGAAUCCAACUGGACAACGUGCCUCAAACACACUAGUCAGCUGGAAGAAUCGCUAAAUGUAUCUAAUGCUAGAAACCAUCUCCUGGAGAACCAGCUGAGCAGCAUCUUGACGGAUAGGAAUAACCUCAGCACAGCUCUCUCUCAGUGUCAUCUAAUAUCCAACACAUUGCCUUCUAAUAUCACCAAUCCAGCUACAUCUUCCUGUGGAUCUUUCCCAAGUACAGAUUUUUCAGACUGUGGUCUCGACUUGGUUUUCCUUAUCGACGAGUCUGGGAGUGUUGGUAGCUACAACUUUCUCAUGCUCAAAGACUUCAUCCAUAAGAUUGUCCAAGGCCUGAAAAUUGGCGGAAGUGACGUACAAGUAGGCGUGGUAACUUAUGCGACCUCCCCCAGGACGGAGUUUUAUCUUAACACGUACUCUGACAAAGCCUCCCUGCUUAAUGCUGUGCAGAACAUUUCGUUCAACCAUCCAGGUCUCACUUUGACAUCACGUGGUUUCCAGUUUGUGGCUGACAAUCUCUUUAACAGCACUAAUGGGGACAGGCCGGGAUAUCCGAACACGCUGGUUCUUUUAACCGAUGGCAGUCCAUUGCUUCCUUCACACGCUAAGCUGCAGGCUGAAAAACUGCUAAACCAGAGCGUGGACAUUUUUGUUGUUGGAAUCUCCAAGGAUGUCGACAGACAAGAAAUGAUAGAAAUAACGAAAGAUUCUUCCCAUGUUCAAACGUUCACUGACUUUGGGAACCUGGAUAACCCCUCAGCUGUUCGAGAUUUCGUCAACAUGCUCAUGACAGGAUGCAAAAAUUUGUAUUUGACGCACUCACUUUUGAAAGACCCUAAAAUUGUAUCGGAUUUGCAGUCUAAGAUAUGUACGAAUUCAAUGAUUUAAUAAAUUCAGUUAUCCAU